AUGGGCAGUGGUUUCAACCUCCACACUCCAAAACCAAAACCCCCAAACCUCAAAACCAGCUACACAUGUCGUACUAUUCCCCCAUUAAAUGCCUCUUUAUCUAUCCCCAGCAAUCCCAUUCUUGAAAACCACAAUCCAUCCAUCCAAAUACACCAAAACUAUGCCAUCUUAGCUCCACCCAACUUUCUGUACCUUUCUCCUUCAUUCCCUGCAAAAGCUGCACAAAACGCCCAUGAUUUUGCAGUAAAGAUUGCAUUUUUAUCAUCUCAACUCCUCAAAAUCUUGGUUUUCACACUACAGGAUAGCAUAUUUUUAGUGGGUCGUCGUCAAAAUUUGAUCUUUUUACUUUUUUAGUGGAUAUAUGGAGUCUAGUGGGAUGUAUUCAAGUAUGGGGUCUGGGAUGCUUGGGCUAGAAAUGUCACUCCACCAUCAAAUCCCUCCCCAGCAAAACCCUAACCACAUUCAGCAGCAAUCCCAGCCGUCCAUGGUGGCGUUUGACCACCACCACCACCAGAGUCAACCCGCUGCAAAACCGGGUCUUUAUGGCUAUGGCGGAAAGCCCAAAGCUCAGGGGCUAACUCUCAGUGAUGAAGAUGAGCCUGCCACGGCCGAUCAGAGCAGCGCUGAAGAUGGGAAGAGGAAAAUGUCGCCGUGGCAGAGGAUGAAAUGGACGGAUGAUAUGGUGAAGCUGCUGAUCAUGGUGGUGUAUUAUAUCGGCGAUGAAGGCGGGCCUGACGGCGGCAUUAACGACAAGAAGGGCGGGCAGGGCGGCGGCCACGGCGUUUUGCAGAAGAAAGGGAAAUGGAAAUCCGUUUCCCGGGCAAUGAUGGAGAGAGGAUUCUCCGUUUCCCCUCAACAAUGCGAGGAUAAAUUCAAUGAUUUGAACAAGAGAUACAAAAGGGUUAAUGAUAUCCUCGGAAAAGGAACCGCGUGUCGCGUCGUGGAGAAUCAAACCUUGCUUGAAUCCAUGGAUUUAUCUCCUAAGAUGAAAGAGGAAGUCAAGAAACUACUAAAUUCCAAGCACUUAUUCUUCCGAGAAAUGUGCGCCUAUCACAACAGUUGCGGCCACGGCGCCGCCGGGUCCCCGGAACCGCCGGCUCCCCAACAGAACUGCCUACAUUCCCGCGAGAGUGCAAGAAUCCAACCUAAUUUACCCCUUAAAACCCCGGAAAAUGAAAACGAAGAAGGCGAAAACAAAGAUGGCGAAAGCGACUCCUCCGAGGAGGAAGAAGACGAUCAUGACCUCGAACAAAGCCACUACGAGGAAGAAGAGGACGAGGCCGAUCAAGGAUUAUCACGAAAGCGCCCGAAAAAAACCGGGUCAUUUACACCAAUGCUUCAGCAACUAAGCACAGAACUAACAAAUCUAUGCCAAGACAGCACCAGAAGCCCGCUGGAAAAGCGGCACUGGAUAAGAGCAAGAAUGAUGCAGCUGGAUGAACAGCAAAUUCGAGUCGAUUCCCAGAAACUGGAGCUCGCGAAGCAGCGGCUGAAAUGGGAGAAAUACAGCAGCAAAAAGGAGAGGGAGAUGGAGAAGGAGAAGCUCACAAAUGAACGAAAGCGAUUAGAGAAUGACAGAAUGGUCCUUCUGCUGCAGCAGAAAGAGUUAGAGUUGCUUGAUCAUCUUCAUCACCAAAGAACCAGUGACCCAUCCUCUGUUACAGGGUAGAAACACAUGUAAAAUACAUUACAUAACAUAGGAUCAUCAACUGUCUUGUUUCUGUAACAUCAUACAAUAAUUUUGUUAAUUUACAUCUCUGUUUUACGAAAA